UGCUGAAUAGCCCUAGGUUGUGACUACCCAGGAAGGAUGAAGAUGGUCAGUGUCCUGCUGGUUACACUCUGGCUGUCCAUGGUCACCCUCAGCAGAGGCUCGGAACGCUGCGAUGACUGGGGUGUGGAUACCAUGAAGCAGAUCCAGAUUUAUGAUGGGGAACCUGCCAAGAUCAAAUGCCCACUUUUUGAGACCUUCUUGAAGUACAACUAUAGCACAGCCCAUUCUGCUGGCUUAACCCUGAUCUGGUACAGGAUUGCGCAGGACCGGGAUCUGGAGGAACCCAUUAAUUAUCGUCUCCCGGACAAUCACAUCAGUAAGGAUAAAGACACCCUUUGGUUCUGGCCUGCUCUCCUCAAUGACACUGGGAAUUAUACCUGCAUGCUCAGAAAUACAACCUACUGCAGCAAAGUUGCGUUUCCCUUGGAGGUUGUUCCGAAAGACCAGCACUCUUGUGUGAGCCGUUCGAUAAAACCCACUGAGGAGAUGUUCUACUUGGAGCACGCCAAUCAGAAGAUCAUAUGUCCAGAUAUUGAUGGGUUUUACCCUGCCAGUGUAACACCAACUGUCAAGUGGUACUUGAACUGCAACUCAGUGGAUGGCUUCUCUGAGCGAUAUCCCCAAGGGCCCAGGCUUGUCAUCGUCCUUGUCCGCAGUGCAUAUAAAGGGAACUACACUUGUAUUGUGACAUUCAAGGACCAUGGAAGAACAUAUAAUCUCACCAGAACCAUAACAAUGAAGGUGGUGGGAUCUCCAAACAAGGCCUUGCCACCGCAGUUCAUCUCUCCAAAUGAGAAAGUUGUGUACGAACUGGAAGCAGGAGAUGACCUUAUCCUGCCCUGUGAGGUUUUCUUCACCUUCCUGAAGGACUCCCGGACUGAGGUGUGGUGGACCAUAGAUGGAAAAAACACAGAUGACAUCACAGACCCCAAGAUAAAAGUCACACAAAGUGAAAUUACUAGAGAUUUUGAAGACAAAACUGUCAUAAGGACUCUAACAGUUGCAAAGGCCACACCAGAGGAGUUAAAACGGAAUUAUACUUGCUAUGCCAGGAAUGCCAAAGGCGAGGACCAGAGCCAGGCCAUAGUGCACAUGAAAGUUGUAGCACCGAAGUACACCGUGGAGCUGGCCUGUGGACUGGGGGCAACCAUCCUGCUCGUUGUGGUGCUGAUUGUCGUCUAUCACGUGUAUUGGCUUGAAAUGGUCCUCUUCUAUCGGGCUCAUUUUGGAACAGAUGAAACCAUUCUAGACGGGAAGGAGUAUGACGUGUACGUGUCCUACGCGCGCAACGCGGAGGAGGAGGAAUUUGUGCUGCUGACACUGCGGGGAGUCUUGGAGAAUGAGUUUGGGUACAAGCUGUGUAUCUUCGACAGAGACAGCCUCCCUGGGGGAAUUGUCACAGACGAAACCCUGAGCUUCAUCCAGAAAAGCCGACGUCUGCUUGUUGUCCUGAGUCCCAACUACGUCUUGCAGGGGACGCAGGCCCUGCUGGAGCUCAAAGCUGGUCUAGAGAAUAUGGCCUCCAAGGGCAACAUCAAAGUCAUUCUAGUGCAGUACAAAGCCAUCAAGAAGAGCAAAGUGAAGGAGCUGAAGCGGGCCCAGGCGGCCUUGACUGUCAUUAAAUGGAAAGGCGAGAAAUCCAAGUACCCAAAGGGCAGGUUCUGGAAGCAGCUGCAGGUGGAAAUUCCAGUGAAAAAAAUUAGCAGGAGUUUGAGCCUUGAUGGGUUGACGCAUAUCCCUGAAAAAUGUUUGACACCAUCAGAAAACAAACCAAAACAAACCCACAAGUUAUACCAGGGAGUGGGAAGGAGUUCAGGGUUUUUUCCAUGAAGGACCAUGUCCCAACCUUUUCGGAAGAUGGUCAUGUUUUCCAUGCAGUUUUGUAUUGCUCUGGCAGUAGAGGGACCAAAGAUGUAAACAUAUCCUCUCUGCAAAUGUAUGUUUUUGUUAUCAGCCACACAAGCCCUGAGCUUAAGGUCUAAAUUUGAGCUGUACAGGUGUGAUGCAUCCAGAACCUUGUGAUGGUAUGGUAUUUGUAUAGGCCAGUACUCCUAGAUCCAGUUCCUAUGGGACCUUCAUUAGCAUCCAGGACAGAGCUCCUUUCCUCUCCCAAGUGACUUCACUCCUUUGUGUUCCUUGGUCCCUCUUACAGGGGCCAAGGAACAGUUUGAAAGGUGGCUCCAGCUCUAUAAUCUGAAUCAUUGUGGGAUCACAGACUUCUGCUUCAGUGGGGGGAGCAUAGACUCUUGAGGCUCCUCAUCUUUGCUCCCCACAUUUCUGUUGAAGGUGCAUUCAAAUAGUUUGGCAAUGGGGAAUGGCUUUUACAAAACAUUAAACCCCCCUCCCGCAACACUCUGCUAGGUGAUAUUUGUAUUGUAGCACUUCUAGUAACGGGUGGUCAAUCUCUGGGACUCUGUGGUCUCAUGAGUACACCAGAUCAUUCAGAGCUGUAAUGCUUGUAAUCCAGGGGAAAUCUCUCAUUAGUACAGGCCAUGGAGCAUAUCUGAGAGAUGUUUCUUGUAGAGUAAACUCAGGGACUUCACAAGCACUACAAGGAACCCCAGUGUACUACUGAACCUGCCUACUGCCUCUGCCACUGGCUGGGGGACAGCAUCAUGCAAGGUACUGCCAAGGCCUCUGGGAUGACACUGGAUAUAUAUCUGACUCACCAGGAGGCCCUACAAACUUAUUUGAACUUACUAAAAGCUACUAGCUCUGUCCAACUGGAUAAGACUAUGAGGACAGGCUUAGAGAGCUGGGAUUGUUCAGCCUGGAGAAGAGAAGGCUUCAGGGAGACCUUAUUGUGGCCUUUCAAUACUUAAA